AUGUCUGCUGCAGUCCGUAGGUUAAAAAAGGAAUAUGAAACUCUUAUCAACUCAAGCAUCAAAAAUGUGAUUAGAAAUGUAACAUAUGAUGAACCAAACUUCCUAACAUGGACCGGAUUCAUAGUUUUGGACGAACCUCCCUAUAAUAAGGGUGCUUUCAAAAUUGAAAUCACUUUUCCUGUUGAAUAUCCUUUCAAACCUCCUAAGGUGAUAUUUAAAACACGCAUAUAUCAUCCAAAUAUUGAUGAGAAAGGUCAAAUAUGCCUACCAAUAAUUAACCCGGAAAACUGGAAACCUGCUACUAAAGUAGAACACGAUGUUCUUAACAGGCGUUUGAAAAAUUACCAAACAAUUUGUUCAGGUAUGUUUCGUUAUAGCCUCCUGAAAUCAAGUUUUAUCCAUAUUCAAAUUAUCUGAGAAACAUCAAUUGAUUGUCACAUUUUGAUCAUAGGAUCUAAAUGCUAUCCAUCAUGUGCUUAUUUGAAUAAUUGAUUACUUGAAUCCCUGAGAAUAUACUUGGAAUUCCAAUCUUGCCAUGUACAUGUAUGCGUUUGUUCAUCGAUCAAUGUACUGAAAUAUUGUAUUGAGUGCUACAUAUCGUUUGAUAUAAAAUUAUGUGCACAAAAUAUAAUCUCAGGCUAUCUGAAAUAUGUAGUGAUAACGAUCGAGGUUGAAAGGGG